AUGACUACCAUUAAGAGUCAUCAUCCGGAUGUCUUGAUCAUAGCGAUCGGUGGUCCUACUUGUUCUGGAAAAACAACCUUGGCCAAAAACUUGCAAAAGGUGCUUCCAAAUUCAGAGAUCUUACACCAGGAUGACUUCGCGCCCAAGUCUGAGGAGAUCCCGAUCCAUCCCGUACAUGGAGUCCCAGAUUGGGAUGACCCAAGAGGAGCGAUAGACUGGAGUCGAUUGAGGAAGACGAUUGCGCAAUUAAAGACGAACACGAAUGAAGCCUUACCGAUGACGCACGACAACUUGAACACCGCCGCCGAUCCGAUAGACCUGGACACUCACAACUACGCGGGAUGGGUCGACCGUCUGAAGGCCUUGAAGCUCCCGAAAAGAUUCAUCAUCUUGGAUGGCUUUCUGUUGUAUUGGGAUCGGGAAUGUGUUGAGAACUACGACCUCAAGUUCUUUGUUAGAGAGUCCUAUGAUGUCUUGAAGGAGCGACGUCGGAUCCGUCAAACCUAUCACACGGCUGAUGGCAUGACAUGGAAAGAUCCCGCAGGGUACUGGGACCAAAUCAUCUGGCCGGCCUAUCUACUAGCCCAUAGUCACAUGUUUAAAGAAGGUGCAGUGGAAACUGCGGCGCUCGAUCGGGACUCAUGGGCGGGCAAAGAUGUGGUGCUCCUGGAACCCUCCAAGGGGGAUCCUGGAGAGAAGACGAUAUCACAAUUCCUGGAAACCACCCUCAAAGCAAUUUGCGACUACCUUCAAGACUAA